CUACAGACAAUAAUUUUUAUCAAAAUUCAGUUGAGUUUAAUCUAAAUUCAAAAGAAUCUCUGCAAGCCUAUCAAGAUUAUGAGAAUAAUUUAGAAGUAAAUAAAUUUGGAAGUAGGUUCAAAUUAGAGAAUAGUUUAGGGCAUGAAAAUGAAUUAGUAUAUAAAUUGAAAAGUGAAGAUGAAUUAGAAGAUUGUGAUAAAUUGGUAAAUAGCUUGGAAUGCAGAAAUAAAUUUGAUGAUAGUGAUGAAUUGAUGAAUAAUCUAAAAAGUGAAAAUGAAGUUAAGAACAAUGAUAAAUUGGAGAAUAGUUUGGAAAGUAAAAAUGAAUUUGAGAACAAUAUUAAAUUGGAGAAUAGUUUAUGGAAGAAUAGUUUAGAGUGUAGAAAUGAAUUUGAAGACAAUGAUAAAUCAGAGAAUAGUUUAAUGAGUGGAAAUGAAUUUGAGAACUAUGAUGAAUUAGAAAAUAGUUUAGAGGGUGGUAAUAAGUAUAUGAGCAGGCUUGAGUAUGAAGAUUCUAAUAAUAAGUCAGAGAGUGACAGUAAUAAUUCAACUAUAACAGAUACAAGUAAUACAGAUAUUGAAGCUGAAUUUCAUAAUAACAAAGAUCCUGAAACACAUUGUAAAUUUGCAUAUUUUCCAAUUAUUAAUUGUCUUAUAAUGCAAUAUCAAGAUGCAGAACAAACAAAAAAUCUACUUUAUCAUUCAGAAUAUGUACCAAAAUUAGAAGAAGAAGUAGUGUGA